GAUCUUUGUGAGCCAGUGUCGAGCGUCGCUCCGCUGAAGUGGUAUGAGCAGAAGGAUUGGCGUUAAAUAGCGUGGAGGCUCUCAGGUGUAUUUACAUGCUACCAUCUAUCAUGGAAAACUCCACCGAUGACUACAGGAUUCAGUCAUUCGACCAGGACACACAGAUGUUACUGAAAACUGCUCUGAAAGAUCCAAGUUCAGUCAACCUGGAGAAGGUCUCCAACAUCAUUGUGGAUCAGUCUUUGAAGGACCAGGUGUUCAGCAAAGAGGCUGGACGUAUCUGCUACACUAUUGUGCAGGCUGAGGCCAAGCAGAGCAAUGGAAACGUGUUCAGGAGGAAUUUGUUGAACCGACUCCAGCAGGAGUUUAAGGAUCGCGAGGAGACGAGGGGACGCUCGCUGCAGGAGUGGGUGUGCUUCGUCACGUUCAUCUGCAACAUCUUCGACUACCUCAAGGUGAACAACACGCCGAUGGUGGCGCUGGUCCAUCCUGUGUAUGACUGCCUGAUGAGGCUCGCCCAACCAGACGCCCUGAUGAACGAGGAGGAGGUCGACUGCCUGGUGCUGCAGCUGCAUCGCAUUGGAGAGCAGCUGGAGAAGGUGAACAACCAGCGGAUGGACGAACUGUUCUUCCUGCUGCGGGACGGCUUCCUGCUGCAGGAGGGCCUCGGCUCUAUGGCCCGCCUGCUGCUGCUGGAGAUCCUGGAGUUCAGGGCCGGAGGAUGGAUGCUCAGCAGCACCGCCCACAAGUACUACUACAGUGAAAUCUCUGACUAGGAUGGAGGCGGGGAGCAGGGCGCUGACCAUCAGGACCUUCAGGCACCUCUGUAGUCACACCUGAUUAUAAAACCAGCAGCUUCACGAUAGGCAGCGACAACCUCAAGGUAAUCAGGCAGAAGAUGGCAGGUCAUCAACCGUAAGACGAGUUUGGUUUUGCUGGAGUGUUCCUGCGUUUGAUAAUGUUGCUGAGACGUGGUGUCUUGGAUGUGGAAUGUGCAAUAGGUCACGAGUUCAUUCAACGAGGUUUAGCCACAUUCAGGACACUUUAGAGACACUGAAGGGUUUUAUGUUUAUAAUCUUUCUAGCAUUCCUGUUUUGAGAACAUUUCAAGUUUAGUUUACCAAAUCCAAAGGCGUUGGAAGACAUUCCAGUCAGAUGUAAGCUGAUUUGGUCUUUGCUUUAUUUUUUAUGGUUACAUUUAAACUAAUUGGAAAGUAUUUUGAUAAUUUAGAUACUUUAGCAUAGAACUGAAUUUUACUAAAGGUUUGCAUUGCAGUUCAGAGGAAUUGUCGCCUACUUUUUCCAGUUACUGUUUAGUGGUAUGAGGCCAGUUUGUUAUAUGAAGUACUGUCUUAAUUCAGGGAUUUUCCUUUUUUUUCUUUUUUUAAACCUUUGUUACAGCUGAUCAGUAAAAGACCAAAAGAUUGGUUCCGCUUAGUAUUUGAACCAUUUUUCUACAGAUGCAUCAGUCAGAUCUUUAAUACAUUCUGGAGUCUCAGUUUAUGUUUUAAGAAGUUGUGCCAACAAAAAAUGGACAUCAUCACCCUCUGCAGGUGACUCCAGUCGAAGCUGGUCUUGGCACUCCAGGAGAACGUUCCCCCAUUGAUGUAUUUGCAGGUCAGUUGAGUAUGAAGCGAGUAGAAAGUGUUUUUCACAUGAUUUCAGGAUCCAUCGGAACGAGCAACAAGAUGUAGCUGAACUCACUCAGUGACGGCUUUAAGGUCUUCAACCAAAGCUGUGCCUUGGAGCCACUCAGACAGACAUAUGAGCUCAACGCUCUGCUGUUAACACUUCAUCUCUUUACCUGCAGAAUGUAAAUAAGUUAAGCUAAAUGUAAAUUGGCUUAAAGGUUGUCUGACAAGUCAGUAUCUGAAGAACUCAGACGUUAAACAUGAGAAGCAGUUUAAUUAAAAGCUCACCAAAGCACAGAAGUGUUUCAUCUCCCAGAAUCCUCUUUUGUGCUUCAGUGUUUAGGGGGGACUGAAGGACAGCUUUGAUGUCUGUCACCACUUUCAGGCCAAACUGAUUGAACACAUUGAGAAAAACCAGGUUUGUGUAUUAAACCGAUUGUAAAGACUUAAAAAAAAAAAAGGACUUGAUGCAAUUAGGAAUAAGCAGGUUUGAAUGUUGUAGAGUUCACAGUGGAAAUGAUCUACGUCCCCUAAUCACAGGCCACAGAUCUGACUGCAGUAUAAAUCUAUUUUAUCGAAGUGCUGCAACACUUUUACUUCACUCAGUUCCAUUUUUUUAAUGGUUGGGUUGUACAUUAAAUGCAAAGUUAUUUGUUCUAAUAAAUCUUUGGAAGGUUUUUCUUA